AUGGUCUCGGCCUACCGUGACGAGGAGGAGACUCUUGUCUCUGACAUUCCUGCUCUGACCGACGAAGAACCUGACAACGAUACCGACAGUCGGGAUUUCCAUAUACGAAAUGCCUCCGAGUCCUCUGGAACAGCGCUUCCGAUUCCCGUCUGGCUCCGUGAGUCUGCCAGCUCGUUUAAAUACCAAUGGAUCCCAUUACCCAUUCGAAAAACCUGCCGAGCAGUUGUCACCUGGAUCAAAGGACCGGUGCCUCCUCAGGUCCUCAAAAUCGAGCCUAUAUUUCCCAAAAUACAACAAGCGCCUAUUAGACUGUUGGAUAAAUAUGCCCCUAAGAAAAAACAACGGAUUAUACUGCUGGUCGCACUCUACGCAUGCUGGUUUUUGACAUGGUCUCUUAUGCUUCAACAUCACUCUACAUCAGGCUUUAUCAAGGGAUAUGGUCGGCCUCAAAAUCUUUGGUGUGGCGCCAGUUUUUGGAAUGAAGACAACGGCUGCGGACUAAACGGAAACCAAUGCCGGCCAUUCUCUUCAGCCCAUUUGGCUUUCCGAUGUCCUGCGAAUUGCAAAAGCACUCAUUUAUUGGAAGAACAUAUGGUGGGAAACAAAUCACUGAGAUACGAAGGAUUGGUGGUUGGAGGACCAGACCCCCAAGAUCCAGAUUCAAUGCCGGUCUAUCGGGCGGACAGUUUCAUUUGUCAGGCUGCCAUCCAUUCCGGCAUCAUUACGGACGCAAAUGGAGGCUGUGGAGUGGCGACGCUGGUCGGUUCUCAUACCAAUUUCCACUCGAGCAAGGCCCAUGGCAUUGAAAGUACUGAGUUUCCGGGAACUUUUCCUCGAUCCUUCACGUUUCCACGACUGUCAUCGUCUCAAGCGAAAUGUCCUACAGAUUCCCGAUGGCCUCUCUUCGUCGUCACCGCCGUCGCACUGGUCGUUUUGUCCAUCUUCACCACCUCUCCCGCCGUAUUCUUCUUCAGCGCGUUUGUCAUCUUGUUCUUCCACGUCGGCUUGGUGUCGGAUCCACCCAACACGGCCAACUUCUACGAAGCUGUCAGUAAACUUUUGGAAAGACUCCUCCCCGCAGCGUUCAUCUCUCAUAUACUCUAUCGGACUUCCGCGGUUCCUCUCCUGAGAGGCCUGACGGCCCAGAUCGAAAAGACCGUUCUCUAUCUUGGAUUCUGCUUCAUCGGAGCCCUGAACAACUACACCUUUGCCCCCUUGAUUCCAAUCGAAAGAUUGACGCCCCACGACCUCGAUCAGCCCGGUGCACCAUUGGCCCUAGCCGUCAUCGUCGCGAUCAUCCUGGUAAUUGUGUUAAGUCAAAUCCAUUGGAUCCGCGUCUCCGGAAACAUGCCCAAAUACCUCGCCCUCUACGCGACCAUGGCGCUCACCCUUGUCAUCCUUCUCGUCCUACCAGGCCUCCGUCUCCGAAUCCAUCACUACAUCCUCGCCCUCCUCUUCAUACCCGGCACCGGCUUCCAAAUCCGCCCUUCCCUCGUGUACCAAGGCCUCCUGCUCGGCCUUUUCAUCAACGGCGUUGCUAGAUGGGGUUUCGCAUCCAUCAUCCAAACACCCGUAGCCCUAGGUGAAUCUGGCUCCGGCGGCGACGGCAGCUCGUCCUGGUGGGGCGCCAAGUCUCCCAACGUCACUGCCGUCGUUGCGCCCGACGCAUCGAACAUAACGUUCAAUUGGGGUCCCCUGCCCCGCGACACGGGGGUGGAUGGUAUAAGUAUCCUCAUCAACGAUGUUGAACGCUGGCGUGGAUACACAGACGAUGAACUCUACUGGGACCAAGAGGAAGUGACGAUCAAGCGGCACAAGAGAGAAAUCGACGGUGGCGAGCCUGAAUUUUUCCGGUUUGCGUAUAUGAAUGGGAACAAUGCGGGUAGGUACAGUAAAGUUGGUAUUUGGGACGAAAAGGGUAUGUGGCAUGAUAUACCGGGGGCGAACUGA